AGCGAGCUGUCAAAUAAACGUCAAAACAGUUUGUGGUCGUCGCGAUAUGAAAAAAGUGCAAGCGCAAAGCAAUGAAGAGUAAAACAAAUACAAACACAAGACACUAAAAUCCAAGUGAUAAAUAAUUAGCAAAGCAUAAUUUGCAUAUGUAAAAUCCAGCAAGAUGGCUGAAAAGGAGCCAAAAACACCAGCACCAUCGCCAACGGAAGAGGGAAUCGCUUUGGCUGCUUCUGCUGCGGAUCGUGUCGCCGACGAUGGCGCAGCAGCAGAUCCUAACGCCAGCAGCACCAACAACAACGACAACACAAGCAGCAGCAGUGGCAGCAGCAGCAGCACAAAUGUAAAGGUUUUGAUAAUUGGCGCAGGAAUGGCUGGUCUGUCCGCUGCCAAUCAUCUGUUGCAAAACGGUUGCGAUGAUUUUCUCAUUGUGGAGGCUAGGGGACGUGUGGGUGGGCGUAUUGUUUCCAUACCGCUUACCAGCAAUCAAAAGGUGGAACUGGGCGCAAAUUGGAUACACGGCGUACUUGGCAAUCCGAUAUUUGAGAUUGCCGUACAGCAUGGACUAGUCAGCGUUGUGAACGUACCAAAGCCGCACAAAGUGGUGGCCACCACCGAAGAUGGCCAUCAGGUUCCUUUCAGCAUACUGCAGGAGAUCUACCAGGCGUAUGUUUGUUUCCUACGCCGCUGUGAUGAAUAUUUCCUCUGCCAGUACAGCCCGCCGCCGGACAUCAAUAGCGUUGGGGAGCACAUCAACUAUGAGAUCGAGAUCUAUCUCAGCUCCGUGCAGGAUCCAAAAGAGAAGCGCCUGAAACAAUUGAUAUUCAAUUGUCUGCUCAAGCGCGAAACCUGCAUCACCGGCUGCCACAACAUGAACGAGGUCGAUUUGCUGGAAUUGGGCAGCUACACUGAAUUGCAGGGCGGUAAUAUUGUGCUGCCCUCCGGAUACAGUUCGAUAUUGCGACCGCUUAGCGCACAGAUACCCAAAGAGUCGAUUGUGACCAAGUGCCCGGUGCGCAAGAUACACUGGAAGCGAAAAAAGACAUUCACCGGUCUGGAGACCGUUGACGAGGAGCACUCCGAGGACGAGGACGGGAAUGAUUCCGAUGAUUCGCAAAAGACAGUGACAGAAGUGCCGACAGCGUUGCGCGGCGCCUCCAUCGAAUCAAAUGCGAGCAACAAUUGUGAUUAUGAUGCGUCCGAGGCGGGUACUGUUCGCGUCGACUGCGAGAAUGGCCGAGUGUUCCAUGCAGCGCAUGUGAUAUGCACUAUACCACUGGGCGUGCUGAAGCAUACGCAUAAGACUCUCUUCGAUCCGGAGUUGCCGCACUACAAACAGGAAUCCAUUGAGAAUCUCAUGUUCGGCACCGUUGACAAAAUAUUUCUGGUCUAUGAGCGUCCCUUCCUCAGCGCAGCCAUAUCGGAGGUGAUGCUGCUCUGGGACGAUGAGAAGCAUGAGUCCGUUAGCCAGGAGGAGCGCGAAACGGAGGCGUACCUCAGCAAGCACUGGUUCAAGAAGAUCUACUCUUUUGCCAAGGUGACGGACACCCUGCUGCUCGGUUGGGUGUCGGGUCGCGAGGCGGAGUAUAUGGAAACAUUGUCCCAUGAAAUUGUCGCCGAUAAAUGCACCGAAAUACUGCGAGAUUUUCUACAGGAUCCGUAUGUACCCAAACCCAAGUUGUGUGUGUGCACUAGCUGGAAGACACAGACGUACACGGGCGGUGCAUACACCUCAAUACCCGUGGGUGCAACACAGGAGGAUAUUGAGAAUUUGGCGCAGCCGCUUUAUGCCACGCCGCAUGCCACAAAGCCGGCUAUUGUGUUUGCUGGCGAGCAUACUCAUUCCAGUUUUUACUCAACCGUACACGGCGCCUAUUUGAGCGGACGGACGGCGGCACAGUACUUGCUGGCCAGCGAUGAACCCGACGAGAUUAUCAUGGAGUCCGACGGCAGCGAUUUAAGCGCCUGGAUGCAGGGCAUCGCCCUCGACUGAGCCGCCUCAACUCGACGACAACACGAUUCAUUCAAUUUUGUUUUGUAUUAUAAUUUAUGUAUGUCCAAACAUUUUGUUGCUUUAAGGCACUUUUAUUUAUCGCUUCUGUCGCAUAGAGGCUGCUUUUUAGCUAGUGAUAUAACGAUUUGUAUAUUAUGUUUUCAUUGUGCAUUUGUUUCUAAUUGUUGAUUUUGUUUUUUUCGAUCAAAUAUCAUUAUUAUUUUGUAAUCCUUGAACAAUUCAUGCAACCUUAUAUUUAUAUAUAUACACAUGGAUCAUUUGUUUGAUAGAUCCAAAUGUAUUUGAAUACAAAUAUAAAAAGAAAAAACAAAAGAAAAAGAAAAUUACUCUCCGUGCACGCUAAGCAGCUUUCACUGUAAUGUUGUUAAUCGUGAGAAAAUGUGCACAAAAUGGUAAUUGUAAUGAGAAUCGAUUAGACCAUAAUAUAUAUAUAUAUAUACGCCUAUUUUUAUAAAUUCAUAUUAAAUGUAGUCGAAACUUGAUUUAAGUUAGCUGCAAUACAUUAUUAAAUUCAAAAAAUUCUCAAGCAAAGAUCGGCGACAGAACAAUUUCAAAUGGAACAAAUUGUAAAUUUAAUAAACUAUGUAACUAUGUAUUGUUAAUGUUAACUAUUUUGCUAACUAAAUUAUGCAUUAGUUAAUUCUCUAAGGCAACCGAUGAUACUAAAAUUAUGUGUAUCCAAUAUAGAUCUACAUAUUUAUUUGUAUUUAUUAACAGUUAUUUCAACUUGUGCGCAUACAGAGAAAUAAAUGAACACGCUAAAUUGCAA